UCAUAUUCAUGAUGAUGGAAGAGAGGACAUUAUUAAAGAUGAUUCUCUCACCACUGACGUAAGUCAUAUUCAUGAUGAUGGAAGAGAGGACAUUAUUAAAGAUGAUUCUCCCACCACUGACGUAAGUCAUAUUCACGAUGAUGGAAGAGAGGACAUUAUUAAAGAUGAUUCUCUCACCACUGAAGUAAGUCAUAUUCACGAUGAUGGAAGAGAGGACAUUAUUAAAGAUGGUUCUCCCACCACUGACGUAAGUCAUAUUCAUGAUGAUGGAAGAGAGGACAUUAUUAAAGAUGGUUCUCCCACCACUGACGUAAGUCAUAUUCAUGAAGAUGUUGCUGGAAGAGUGGACAAUGAUCAAGAUGAAACUCUAAAUGCUGAUGAAAGUGAAGUGCAUUCGGAAAAGAACAGUGGAAGAGGAGAUAAUGACCCAAAGGAAAUUCUUGCAUCUGGAGCAAGUCAAGGAGAGAAAGAAGACAAGGAAAAUGAGGGUAGUGAUCAGAAGUUUAUUCUCAUCUCUGAAGAAGGGAAAGGUGGUGAUGAAGACCAGGAUCAAGAAGAAAAAUAUGCUAAUGAUGUUGAAAUCAAUCUUGUUGAAGGAAAAUAUAUUGAAAAAUUGUCUGCCACUCUAACAGAUGCAAACCUUGGUACUGAAGUGAAAGGUCAAGAAAAUAACAUGGAAUUCAAGAAUGAUUUUAAUGAUGAAAUAAAGGAUCAAGAACAAAUUCUUAACACUGUAAAAUCAUUUACUUUCACUCCUGAAGCAACAGACACAAAGCCAACUCCAACUACAACUAAAAAGCCUUUCUCUGAUGACAUUGAUUUUGGUCAUAAUAUAGAGAUAAAAAUUGAUAAGCAAGACCCUCAAACACUUGUUGAUAAUUUGACCAAGUGUUUACAUAAGAGAGAACCUAAAGAGGAGAAAAACACUGGUAAUGAGGUGACAUUAAAAGACCCUCUUACAAAUACAGAUUUGCAUGAGCACACUCACAGUACAUCAGAAGAACAGUACUAUAAUCAAACACUGGGGCAGUAUGACUUACCCCAAGAACAGUGUGGAUCUGUCGCACAAGAACAGCAACCAAAGCGCAAACGGGGACGCCCUAAGAAAGGUUCCAAAGAAUCUUUGCAAGGAAAUAAAUGUCCAAGAGAGUCCUUGUGUAGGAAUAUAUCCUCGGUCUCUGAGUGCAAAAUGAAAUUGAAUGUAUCAGCUCGUGAGGAGAACAUUAAGGGCAAAAGAAUGAAAGUGAAUAGGGGUGGUUAUAAUCGUCGACAAGAAGUAUCGGUAAAUUUAAAUGUUAAACCAGGAUAUCCAGAUAAUCAUGACGUGCAUCAUUUUAGUGACGGAAAUUCUCAGAAUCUCUUAAAUCACGAUAAAAAAAUUCACAGUGAAUUUGCAUACGAUGACUCUGUUGCUGGCACAAGUAAAACACCAACUCAAAACAUAGGUGCCAGAGGCUCUCGCAGAAGACAUGCAUAUAGUGUAAACCCUUGUGAAAAUGAUGACUUUAAUAAACAAUUUAAGUUGUCCUCUCAUAAUACCUGCAUUUCACUGAGUACUUCAUCUUUGUCACUAACACCAGUAAGUGUUGAUAGCAGUACAAGUAGAGUUAGUGGAGUUGAUGACAAUGAUUUUGAAGGGUUUGAGCUUUGGGAGAAUGAAAUUGGAUGUGGUCGGAGACAUUAUAAGUAUAAAGGAAAUAUUCUUGAUCUUAUAAAAAAAGGAUUGAGGAAGGUUAGAGGAAGAAAAUCUAAAAGUGCAAUAAGAAAAAAUAAAAAUAAAAUAAAUGUAAUGAAAGUUGGAAGAAAGAAGGCGAGAAAUAUGAAGAAGAAAACAGGAAAUACAGCACAAAAAGUGACUAGAGAGAAAAGUGGUGCAUUAAAAAAAAUAGAUAAUGACGAAACUCAAAAUGUAUUGGAAAAAGCUGAGAGAGAUAAAAAUACGAAUGCUGUUGUAGAGGCUGUUGGGUUUAAGACUAAAAUGGGGUUGGUGAGAAAGACUAAAAGGAAGAAAAAAGGUACAUUGAAGAAGAAAAUGAGAAACACUAAAUGCACAAGUUUAAGUGUAGAUAGAGAGUCAUCUAUCAAAGAUAAGAAAUCAAAGGCAAUGUUAAUGGAGAAAAUCAAAACUAGAAGUAAUACUGCACAAGAGGAACAUGAAAGAGUAAGUAAAACCAAAUCUGACUCAUUGUCUAAGAAACAGUCUGAUGAUCAUUAUUAUCUUCCACACAGAAAUCAAGUUUCAAAGGUAGUUUCAAGAGAGGACAAAAGCACACAAAGAGAAACAAGAAGUCAAAGAAAAGCCAAAGCAAGCAGCAUAGAGCCAGCACCUUCAAACCAGCUAAUUUGUACAAGGAAGAGGGAAUUGUCCCCCGAGAUUGGCAGCUUUUCCAGUUGGGGUGUGGAACAUGACAUCAGCAAAAAUAUAAAGAGGAAAAGAGGUGAGGUAGUGGUUGCCACCAAGACUGAGGUAUUGCAGGAAAGCAUGCUCAAAAAGCAGCUGAGGACAAGGAAGGCUAUAGUGAUGGUUCCCAGUGAGACUGAAAUGUCGAGGAAAAAGCUCCCGAAGAAGUCGUUUAGAGCAAGGAAGGCUGUAGUACAACCAGUAAGAAAAAUGACCAGGGGAAGGGCAAAGAGCAAAAUACAAAAGCUAGAGAUAGAUCUAACUAAUGUCCAGGAUGAAGUUAAGGAGGAGGUUAAGCCAAGACAGGAGGGGAAUGUCUUGCCAUCUGUAGCAGAGGUGGAGUACGAAGUGGACGAAGAUCUUCCUGACCUGACAACAUUACCAUUACUAAAAGGGAAGCAGACCUUUCAGUUCAAGGCUGGAGACCUUGUGUGGUCCAUGCAGAGGGGUGCAUGGUGGCCCUCCUAUGUGGAACAGGUUUACACACACAGCAAGAAAGCUUCCGUCUAUUUAAUUGGAAGUAAGCAAGAGGCCGAUCCAAAAGUGGACUUCAGCAAAAUCAAGGGUUUUAAUUAUGGUGAAAUUCCUUCGUAUGUGGACCGUAGUACAAAUGGUCUUAGUGCAGCUCUCCACCUUACAGAAUCAUACUGCCAAUUACAGAAGCAUGGAAACAACAUUUCAGUUCAAGAUUUUUUCAGUUUGCCACCUGAAGAUCAAGAUGCCCUUAUCAUUGUGAGUCUGACACCUAAAGAAGAUCCAUAUUUAGCUUCAUCAGGCAUGAAAAGGAAAUGUGACGAUUUUGAUGAAUGGUCACAAAACUCAAGUUCAUAUUAUGAAAUGGAAAGUCCAGGCAGCGAUGUUCUUAUUUAUAGAUCAGAUGAUGAGAUUUCUUUAUCUUCAAGAGAUAGGAAAAAGUUGAAGAGUGCCAUGAAAGCAAGAAGAAGAGACAAUGAAAAAUUGUUAAAAUUUAUACAAUCCCCAUCAUGCGUGAAUCACUUGUGGCAAAUAUUCAACGGAGAGAAGACCUGUGAGAGGAAUGAUUUGUAUCAAGAUGAAUUAACAAGAAGAACACUUCUUUGGUCAGGGAUUGGGCCAUUUCAGUUAGAUAAAAAUGAUGAACAGAUUUUGGCUGUAAUUGAUUUCCUGAGCAUAGAGCUAGAGAAAAAGAGGCCAGAUUUCCACCAGAUUCAUGAUUAUGUGGUAAAAGUGUGGAUGCCAGAGGCUAUAAAAGAAGCCCUGAGGGUGGUUAGAAAAGUUCCAGAGAGUGAACUAGAGCUGGCACUGCAGGAAGGUUACAGGGAAACACCCACCGAGAAAAAGGCUCGCCGUCUUGACUUCACGUAGCCUGGAUAACACAGUAGAUGAAUUGGUAACCCCCAAGUACCUGUCCCUCACCCCCCUCCGCCAAUAAAUGUACACACUCAUUCACGCUGACACAUUUUUUCUUUCUCUCCUUUUCCUCUUUCUCUUUUUCUUCUUUUUUUUUAUUUUCCUCCUUUUCUUCUUUUCGCUUUUUUUUUGUUUUCUAUCCUUUUCACCAUUUACUUAUUUCUUUUCUCUUAUUUUUUCUCUCUCUCUCUCUCUCUCUCUCUGUCUCUCUCUCUCUCUCUCUCUGUCUCUCUCUCUCUCUCUCUCUUCUCUCUCUCU